AUGACCGAUGAUGGCGAUAUCCAACAGCAGAUUCUGCAGCGAACCCUGCAAGAGGUAACGCAGGAGCAGCAACAGCGGGAAGUUGUGUCGGAUCCCUGCGUUAUCUGCCUGGAACCCAUCAGCGAACCCGCUGUAGCAAUAUCUUGCAACCAUGCGAACUUUGACUUUCUCUGCCUGGUGAACUGGCUGGAGCAGCGGCGCAACUGUCCACUCUGCAAGAGUGAAGUAUCCUCGGUCAAGUACGAGCUUGUGCAUCCUGACGGACCAAAAAUCUAUCAGCUUCCUGAUACUUUCCCUUCAACCGGUGUAUCGUCAACAGGCCAUAUCAACCCACAUGGUCGACUACCUCGAAAUCCCCGUCGGCCGCGACGCGCGCGAAGCCCUUCCCUUCAAACGCCCAACGACCCCCUCCUUCGCAGACAGCAUGUCUACCGCCACCGGCUCUACUCCCUCCGUGUGGGCUCUAAUCGCCUUUCUCAAUACCGCGAAUUUACACCGGAAAUGUUCAACAGAGACGAAGAGUUAGUAUCGCGAGCGCGCAAAUGGAUCCGGCGAGAGCUGCGGGUGUUUGAGUUUCUUCAUCCCGACGCUUCAUCCUCCCCCUCCUCUGUAGCUCGACCGGGACGGCAGCGGCUCGAAAGCCGCCGUGGCAACAAUGCGGAGUUUCUCCUGGAGUAUAUCAUUGCUAUCCUCCGAACGGUGGAUAUUAAAGGUAGCGCGGGGCAGGCGGAGGAACUCCUGAGAGAUUUCUUGGGCCGGGAUAAUGCUUCUUUGUUCCUGCAUGAGCUCCAGGCUUGGCUAAGAAGCCCGUAUACUUCUUUAGAAGACUGGGAUCGCAACGUCCAGUAUGAUGAUCCAGACUCGCCUGCUCAGCGCGCCCAUCAUGAUCCUCGAACUUCUAGUCGGAAUCCUACUCCGAUCUAUAGAGGCGCGGCACGGAAUUCUCGCGGCCGAGUUAACAAGCCCCAGUAUUCCCGUGGCUCAGAGCGUUAUGGUAGAGCUCCGGAUUCCUUUGCAAGGAGGGUCCAAUAUGCGCGGGAUCGUUAUAUUCCGGACUGA